ACUUCCUCCACGCCCGUUUUGAAUUUGCGGUGUGUAACACAAAGCAAUAAUCCUAGCAAGUAAAUAGGACGUUGUCUCAAAGAUUAAGUAUCUACUAGCUAGCUUUAACUGUUUGGGCAACCAAAAGCUAGUUAUCCCUUAUUAUAUAUCAAAUUAUUUGGGAUUUACUAACCAGUUUCGUUUUUGUAAUCCGAUUUUUUGGACAUUUACCACAUACAUAGCUUCCUGCUUCACACAGCUCAGUUUACUUAUUCGUGGUUUCACGGAGAGCUAGCUAUCAGUAUGGAUGGAGAUACCCAAAUGGUAUUUCAAAGAAUUGCCAACAAAAUGGGAUGGACAGAGGAAGGAGGAUUGGAGAUGGCUGAAGAAGAGCUUCUACGGAGCAUCAGUAAGACCCGUCUGGUAACAUGCCAGACCCAGCCCCAGGACUUGCGUUUCCCAGUCAGGCUUCUCCUGUUGGACAGCGCAGAUGACACUUUCGCGAAGGAAAACCAGAGAAACCAAGCCUCCAAUGCCAAUGUCAUGGACUACAGGGAUAAAGUCCAGAUUGAGUCAAGCGAAGAUGACUUUGAUCAGUUUCUGAUGCAGAAUGCUACUCCAAAAGCAGAUUUAAGAAAACCCAGGAGUGCUCCCAAGAAAGAGAGUGUUUAUGUUGCUGUUGUUGUGAGUUCAGACUGUGAGGACAGCUUUGAUGCCUUUUUAAACCGUGUGAAAACACCAAAGGCCAAGCCUAAGACCACAGCCAAGAAUCAGGGUGAAGACGGUUUAAAAAACGUCAUUGUUGAUUACUUUUCUUCUGACGAUGACUUUAUCAUUGAGAAGAAAAAACCCUCUACGUGCAAAGUAUACAAGACUCCCAAGGCCAACAUUUCCCAACCCCCAGUCAGAAAACCCCUGACCGAAUGUGACUCCCCGGUCUUCCUCAGUGACAGCGAUGAUGAUAGUCUUGUCUCUAAGAGCACCUGGAGGAGCCGUCAUCCUCCAUGCCAUCCCUCAUCACGCACCAAAACUGUCAAUAUUCUGGAGAGUAAUCUGGAGGACAUUUCUCCUUCAUCCUCUCAGUCUUCCUCCCCUUUUCUGCCAUCUUUCCGAGCUCCUACUCCCUCUUUUCCCUCUUCCCUAUUUUUGGCCCAGCCUCAGCAGACACACUCUGCCUCCCCUCGGCGGACAUACUCUGCCCCGUCCAAGCUGGAAGACUCUGUCAGCUCAGAGGAGGAGUUCCUUUCCUUACUUGACAGAGUGAGAAAGAACAGCAUGCUUGGCAGCAACACUCCUACACCCAAAAACAAUACAGGGUCAAGUCAUAGGCUUCAUGCCCCUACUCCUACUACAACACCUUCUGUGUCAAAACCUUCCACAAAGGGACAGAAAAAGGCGGGCCCUCGACCUGGAGGAAGAAUGCCAAUGCAUAUGAAAACCUCAGUGCCGCCACAACCCGCAGUCACACAGACGGAGCCCAGACCCAGCACCUUCACCACCAGACUAGGGAUGUGUAGGACUCCCGGUUGUUUCCUUCAAUCCCUAUCCACCUACGCAUGUGGCUUCAAGCUAAUCAAGGAAAACCUCACAGCUAGACUCUUCCAACUGUAUAACACCAGUGUAUUUGAGAGCAAGCUGCCUGCUGGCAUGUCAGUCAGCUGGAACAAGAAGAUGAGGAAGACUGCAGGAUAUUGCAUCACUGGACAGGAGCGGGUGGGAGGUAACCGCUACGCACGCAUCGAGCUCUCUGAGAAAGUUUGUGACUCUGCAGACCGCCUGAGGGACACCCUGGUCCACGAAAUGUGCCAUGCCGCCACCUGGCUAAUCAAUGGCGUACGAGACGGCCAUGGACCCUUCUGGAAACUGUACGCCAGCAAGGCCACGCUGGUCCACCCAGAGCUACCCAUGGUGACCCGCUGUCACAGCUAUGACAUCAACUACAAGUACAAGUACCAGUGCAGUCACUGCAAGAACACGAUCGGGCGCCAUUCCAAAUCUCUAGAUACUCAGAGAUUCAUAUGUGCCCUCUGCACAGGGCCAUUGGUCCUUCUGGUCUCCGCCAACAGCAAGCCCCGUGCACCCACACCUUUUGCAAGUUUUGUCAAAGAAAACUAUGGAAGUAUGCGCCAGGAGCUGACGGGACAGAGCCAUGCUAACGUGAUGCGUAAACUCAGUGCCAACUUUGCCACCAAGACUCGCCUUAGCCAGAGCUGAGAUUCAGCCUCCGUAGGCUCUAGAAUAAACUAACAAUGGAAACCUGUCCUUUUUAUGUUCCGAUUGCAAUAGUAUAGUUAUGUGAUUGACACAACUGAUCAAUUACCUCAAAAUGAGAUUCUGUAUUUGUAGGACCGUUAUGUUGUCACUUUUUGGAAUGGGAACAGCAGUAAUGAUACUCCUCCGGCAAAUGACCCAGUGUUGUGAAUUCACCAAGUGAAAUUAAAUAUUUGUUCUUUUUUUUUAAAUGUUUGUCUUUCAUGUUUGUUCUGUGAUUGAAUAAAGAAUAAAAGUUACUUUGUUCA